AAAGGGGCGGAGUCAAACCCUAAUAUUUCCUACUAUAGCGGCCAUUCAGUUGUACACAGUUGUAACACAAGUGCAGUUUGGAGGAGUCGGGUCAGUGUGACAUCAUGCCAACUGGACUAUCGUUAUGUUUAGACAAUGUGGCGGGCGUUUUCUUCCCUGGUCAGACUAUUACAGGGCAAUUGACUGUGCAAACGACUAAAGAGAAAACAUUCAAAGAAAUUUCAGUUAAGUUUAAAGGAUUCUCAAAAGUCCACUGGACAGAGAGGAGGACUGAGAGACGGAAUGGAAAAAAUGUAAGCAAAACGGUACAUUACAGAAGUUCAGAGGAAUACUAUAGCUCUUCCUAUCGAGUUUGGGGAAAUGGUUCAGAGAGUCAGCUUCCACCUGGCACACACAACUUCAACUUCACCUUCGUCCUACCGCUCAAUAUUCCUUCCUCCUUCGAGUCUGAGACUGGCCAAGUUCGCCACCUAUGUAAAGCAAAGAUUGAUGUUCCUUGGGGUUUCGAUAAGACUAGCACUCAGCCGUACUCUGUCAACAGCCUUUAUGACUUGAACACAGACCCAGUAGCAAAGCAUCCUAUCCAGUGUAAUGAACAUAAGUACCUGUGUUGCCUGUGGUGUAAGAGUGGGCCUUUGUCAAUGGUUCUUCGUGUGUCUCGCUCUGGCUACGUUCCGGGAGAGAAAAUUUUGAUCAACGCUGAGUGCUCGAACAAGACCAAUAGUGUGGUGAAUUAUACCGAGGCCAAUAUUCAUCAGAUUAUUAAAUUCCAUGCACAAGGAAAAACAAAAACAAUAGACCGCAAAGUUGCACAAAUAAAAAAGGAAGCAAUUCCUGAAGGUGACGAUUACAUCUGGUCAGAGGUGGGGCUGGUGGUGCCACCAUUACCCCCCAGCAAAUUACAGUUCUGUAAUAAUAUUGAAAUAGACUACAAGUUUAAGUUCAAGGUGUGUCCUUCAGGAUGUCACGGCAACUUGGAUCACGAAGUUCCCCUGAUCAUUGGCUCCAUUCCCCUGCGAGAAAACUUCACUUUGUUCCAGCCAGCAGCUCCUUUCCAGCCCCUGCCAUUGCCUUCAACCUCAUACCCAACACCAAUGCCUCCCAUAGCUCCAAGUGCCCCUAUAGGUGGUGCUGCUCCUCCUGCUGGUUUCAAUAUAUCUCCGUAUAAUCCCAAUAUCCCACCUGCACAGCCUGGAUUUGUGGCUCCCACGGCCCCAGUAUUUCCAGGGGUCCUGAAUUAUCCUGAUUUGCCUCCACCAUCAUAUAAUGAGUGCAUGUUUGGGGCAACUGGCAUUGCUGAUGACAGUGAUGAUGAAAGUGGCGGCAAGUUUGCUCCAAAAUAUGCAUCAUAUAAUCUUUCAAAGGGUAUGGCAGCAGCUCCACCUCCAUAUAAUGAAUCAAUGCUUCCUCCUGAAAUGAACAAUGAAAAUGCAGCUUUUAUCCCAGGUGGUAUGAGUGGACAGCCAUAACUAGUGAAAGUUGGAGGAGAAAGGAACUCUUCAUAUAAUUAAAGACUGUUAUAGACAAGAUGCAGAAUUUGAGUAUGAAGGGUCAUAAAAACUGGAGAGAAGAAUAAGAGAUUUCAAAAGAUGAGUACAUAAGGGAAUGUCUUUAGCCCUGUCCAUGCAAUUGAACCGCACCCAUGGGCACAAGUCAGUAGGUUGCCAGUAAUGGACUUUUUACUUGUGUCUGUGGUAAAACUAGCAAAGUGCCCCUGGCAGGAUUGGAGCCAAUUCAUCAGGCAGUGACUGGCAGUGCUAUAAAUGGUCCUGAGAGAGUGUUCUUGUCAGUUUGGACCAGAGUAGCUUUUGAAUCUUAUACCUAUCUUGCUCAGGAUUCAUCUUAUUGUGCACCAAUGUUCUUGUACCUCACAUAGUCUCUUGUAGUUCCUCCUCUUAUCCCAUCCUGGCUUUCAGUGGCUGCUGUUUAGACAAUAUAAGUAUGGCCACAGACAGUGCACAGUGGUAAACAGAGCUUAGUUAUCACUGCUCAGUUGUAUGGAUAGGGUUCUAGAUGUGCAUUUAUAUUCACAUCUGUGUUUUUAUUACCAAUAUUCCUCUAUGCAGCAAUUUGUUAUUCUUAUUGGCUGAUAGAAAUAUUGAUUUUGUGCAUAAUAUGGAUAAUUUAUACUUUUUUACAUUGACUAGGAGAGUAAAUCUGAGAUAAUGUUAUACAUUUAAUUGCAUUUUAAAAUUAUUUUUGAAAGGGUUAGUUUUAAACAUUUUUAAUGAUGAAUAUGUAUACUUAGAAAUUAUGUAUUUCUUUGCUUUGGUGUAUACAAAGUGAUCGUGUUCUGGACUUAUAGUGAUUAGCAAUAAUAUUGAGAUUUUAGAAAAAUUCCUGGUCUCUGGAUUAUAUCAUGUGUGAAUUUGAGUUUGAUAACCAUUAUUGAAUGCCAGUCACUCAACUGUUCUCUAAUAAACAAAACUAGAGGCGAGUAAAGGUGCUUGUUUUAAGAAUUUUCUUCUCUCCUUAAGGAGUGGAGAAACAUUAAUCCAUUAGCUACAUUAGCUACAAGAAGGUAUAGCUCUUCACCAAUGCUAGGCUUGUUUUCUUUAAUACUUAGAGAUCUGACCAGAUUUUUGUAUGUAUUGGUUUCUGGUCAAAUAUCAAAACAUUAAUUAGUCCAUAGAUCCACCCAAUGGGUAGAUGGAUCUAGAUUUUUUUGUGAUGUUAAUAUUUGAUUAUAUGAAUGAGUAUUUUUUUUUUGUACUAAUAACUGGAGUAUAGGGGCUCUCACAAAAACAAGUUUUUGUCUAUUUUGUAUAAUCUAGUAUCUGUUCUCUACACAUAUUGUGCAUUCUGUUUCACACAGGCUUGCCUACUUUUGUCUAUACUCAUAUUUGUAAAGACCAGGAAUACUCCUUGCAAAUCUUUAAUAGGCAUUUAUAGAUUGGCUUGAAAACACUUCUAUGAUAUUAUAACAGGCCUAGAACUAUGAUACAUAUUUUGAAGACUAUAGAUCCUCAUUGUUUACAAAAAGUUUUGAAGAAGUUGGGCAAGGAAAGCUUAGAUCUGACUCCCUUAGUUUCCAGGAUAGUCCAUCUAGGCCAGGUCUGAAGAGUAAUAAUGACUAACUUCAGUAUGGUUCCACAGUCCGUUUUACUAUUGUUAUAAUCUUGUUGAUAAUGUGAGAAACACUGUAUGCCUGGACCUUCCCUUUUAUAUUAUCAAUUAUAUUUUAAUAAAAAAAAUUGUAGCUUUCAAAAUAUUCAUGUUAAAGUUUUGCACUUGACUUUUGUAAAAAAAAAAAAAAGUACAAAGUGUCUCCUUGGCCAUUUUCAUGAAUGUGCAUUAAUUUGAACAAAUUUGCAGAAACUACAUGCUAGACAUGUAAUAUGUAUAUACAGUAAUGAUAAUUUGCUCUUGUUCGAUAGCCCCUUAUGAAGUUCAUAUAGUUUACCAGCUGAGUAUUAUGUACUAGGUUUGUGAGUGUUUAUUCAAGUUUUGUCUGGUUUUGUUCAUUUUGUGAAUCUUAUUUAUCAUGAUUAUUUUUAAAUUUUUAAAGAAUCUUUUGCCAUGAUAGUCUGAUCAUUGUUAUGCUAUGUAUUCACUCUAAACAUUUGUACUGUACAUAUUAUUUUCCUAUUUUAAACUUUUAUGUAAUAAUUAUCAUAGGGUUGGUUAUACCUCUGAAAUCAAUAGCUUAAUAUUUCCCUUUCUUAUUCUAUUAAGACGGGUAAAUUAACACAUUUAAUUUUUCCUAGAUAUUUACCAACAUUACCUCAAGGGUGUGGACCAAAACAUUAUGAUAUUCACAUUUAGAUAGACAAAUAUCAACAUUAAUCACUUUCCAGGGGUAGAAUCAAAGUUUUGAUAAGAAAAAUAUUUGUUGAGAUGAAAAAUAUUAAUUGGCUACAUAGACAAAACUGAUUUUGUCAUUUGGUGGCUUCAAAAAGAAUUUGUGUAGGGAGUGUUGAUUAUUUUAUAUGAUGCACUAAAAUUUGAUGUAGUGCAGAAGAAAACAUUUAUAAGUCAGUUUGUCAGUCAAUUUUGGCAUUCUUGAUAAUUUUCAAGUGAAUUACACCAAAAUGUACCAAAGGGUUAACACUCAAAAUGUCUCAAAGUUUAGUAAGAACAAUCUUAAAGUUGUUACUCAGUUUGCAAAUAUGAAUUGUAAACUCAUGCUACAAAUGUGCAUUACCAAGUGUCUUAAAGAUAACAAAAGUCCAUCCUCAUUGUCUUUACUACUUUAACAAAAGUAGCCAAAUGUGUAAGACUCAUUUGGUUUUUCUCAGGGUUAAAAAAACUAUAUAAAUAUCUACUUUACUCUGUGCCAUAGGAGAUGAGUCAUAUAGAAAUUAGGGUAACUAUCCACUAUGUACAAAUCUAUUAUGCAGCAACCUACCCUACUCCCCAUACCACAGAUAUAAAAUCAUGCAAAAAGUAGAAUAGUUGUUCAAAAUAUACAGUAGACAAAAAUAACACAAAAGAUGAAUAUUGAAAGACCUUUUGUUAUGAAUGACCUUAUCCAUAAAGGUAGUUAUAUUGAUUUUUUUUCUAUGAUUAAGGACCUUUCUGUAACUGUCAAGAUGCCUAUAGCUGUAUAUAUAGAACUUGUAGUUAUUUCAGAAUGUGUCACUAAAAGUAUUUUAGAAACAAUUGUCUUUUCUUUUCCUCUCUUUACCCUCUUACUUUCGUCUCUUUUUUCCCCUCUAUUCAUUUAUUUACUAACGUGUUGAUUUUUCUUGCCUCCUCGUUUCUCAUCUUCCUUGACUGCUUUACAUAUUGUAUCAAAAUUAUGUUAUCAGAAAGGUCUUGACUGAAUAUGUAGCAUUCAAGAAUAUAUUCACUGCUAAUUGUAGCUAAUUGUUAAGGGUCAUAUUGAUAGAUAUUUGUGGUGCAACCUUUAUGAUAGCAUUAUUGUAUAUUAUGGAAGAAAAAAAUUCUUGAAAAUGUUCUCAUGGAUUUGAUUGCAUUUGUAUACAGAUGAAAGAAAAGUUGUAUCAAAGUACUUUGUACCCUAAUGAAAUGUAAAUUUUUUGAGAAAAAAUAUUUGAAUAUUAAUAAGAUAUUUUGCUAACUGAUAUUUAAAUUUUAUUCUGAUAUAUAUUCCAGAUCUAACAGUAUUAGUAGUUGUGAAAUAGUAUAAAAAGUUUAAACUGUGUAAUGAUUGCCUGACUUUUUGGUUUUCUUUUUAUAGAAAUAAACUUAAUAGUAAAGUUUGCAGAUCAGUGAGAAAAUAUUUUAAAUAUUUUAUUUGAAUAUGAACAAUACUUAGUCUUUAUUGUGGGAGUUGUUGUUUAGAAAAUACUCUUAAUAAAAGUGCAUGCCUUAGUAUUUUCCUAUGUGCAAUGUUUAUGAGGCUGUAAUUGGUCGUAAUCAUUCACAACAGUUAAAUUUAGUGUUAAUCAUUAAUGUGUAAUUUUAGAUUUAUAUACACUAUUGACAGGAAUAGUGUAGUAUGUUUACUAUGUCUUUAUAUAUGUAACAUAAAGUAUAUAUAAGUAGUUUUAUGUAUUUCUUCUUUUGCACAGUCACUGGGACUAUUGAAUUGUGAAUGCAGUAAAAAAAAAAAUAGAAUACUUUUGCAUUAUUGACAUUUGCAUUUAUAAUUCAUCCAAGCUUCAUUCUAUAAUUUUAUUAACAGAAAUAUUUUCAUUUUGAGAAAUAUAAAGACAGAAAACACAAUUUAAACAUUAUGAUUCCAUAGCCUUUUGAACUUUAUAAUGUCAUUUACAGAUAUAAUUCAGUAUUCUGAUCAAUAACAUUUUUUUUAGACAUACUUUUUAAAUUCAUAAACACUGUUGUAUCUGUUAAUUACUCAGAUUUUCUUCAUUUGAACAUGUAAAAUGUGACAGCAGACGUUCAGGGUAGUAUUCAAUUACUUUUAUUUUGGGGUAAAAUGUCUUCCCAUAUCUACUUAAUAUAGGAAGACCUUUGCCAAGAGAGCAUUUGGGGGUGUUGUAUUCACCUCCCCUUUUCAUAUACCACUGCAGAGUGUGCUGUGUUUAUAGAUAAAAUGCAACCAUUUUUCAGGUAUAACUGUUUGUCUAUUCAGGUUUAAAAUUUUUCUUACUUAAAUAUAUUUUUAGUACCAUCUGCCUUUAUUGCAAUGGUCAUUUUCAUUAUAUGUGGAAUGGUAAUAAGUUAAGUACAUUUCAUACCCUUUUCACCUGUUUUUUUGCACUUAAAUAAAUAUGCUGUUGUAAGUUUUCAAAAAUUGUUUUCCUUUUGCAAAGAUAUAUAGUAUGUAUUUUUCUUUAUGCAAACAAUUGCUCGCAAAACCAAACACAAAAUGACACUCACAUACCAAAAUGGGUAGUAGGACUAAUAGAGAAAUAGUAGUAUUGCCACAAGGUAUCUGUUGUAAGGUUGAUAUUAUGGAUGUAUCAGAAGGGAACCUUCUAUUACUAAUCUCCCAUGGAGGCGAAUCAUAUUAUGCAUAACAUUUCUGUCAGGUGUAGUAGGGUAACUCAGGCCUACACCGUUGCUCAAAAAGACAUGAAAAAAUAUCACUUAAACUAAUCUUUAACACCAGACAGUUAUUGGAUUUGAAAUUUUCUUUUAUUUUAGGUACGUAAUUUCCAAGUAAAGUUCCAAAAAAUCCACUUAUAUCUCAAUAAAGAGCUUUGAAAUUGAAUCAUUCGCCCCCCCUUCUUCCCAAAAAGAUAUUUAGGGAAAAUUAAUUUGAAAUUUUGGUAUUUUUAACUAAUCGUUUUUAAUAUUAUUUUCCACUUGCAAUGUUUUGCAUGAAAAGAAAGCUCAAAAUGUAUAUUAAAUGUAAUGAAACUUGCAGUCUAAUUGGCAAUGUGGUUUGUUAUAUAAAAUAAGAUGCAAAAAGAGUCAUUCAAGAAACUUACAAUUUUGGAGUUCCUCAGGUACCAUUAUUGACAUAUGUAUAAUACUUUGGUAUAUAAUUGAUACUUCCAUAACAGUUGUAUGAAGAGUAAUAAAGAUAUACCAUUGAUACUUUA